CUAAAAAUAAACUUCCAACCCUUUUGUCCCUUCUCAACCGUCGAUCACGACUAAAGAUACUUCCAAGGCAGACACAAAACACCCUUUGAUAUGUCCAAUUACACAACAAAAAUUCCCUCUAUUUGUCCUCUCAAUUCACAAUUUUGCAUUGAACUUCUCGUCCAUUACUAACUAUAAAAACAUUUCCAUACACAAAUCCCCUUUCCAAACUCUCUCUAAAGUCUAAACACAAAUAAAAAUACAUAUAAAAAUUAAAAAAAAAUGUCUUCUCUUUCUUACCUUGUCUGUUACAGUACCAUCAGAUGUUCCUCCACCAGAGAUAGCCAUGACCCUGGGAAGCAAAAUCUGAAUAAAACCCAAGUCAAUGUAGCUUCUAGUGUGUCCACCACCAAGGUCAAUGUGAUGAGCCAAGUAAACAGGGUGUCUAUAACUCCGAUGCCUGAAAAUGGCCACGUUACAGCAGAGCAGAUUCGCCAAAAUAUUCCGACAAAGAAGCAGUUUGUUGAUUCGUUUCGUCAAGGGCUCAUCAUUGAAGAGGGUGUUGGGUACCGGCAGACUGUCGUUACUCGGUCCUAUGAAGUUGGUCCUGACAAAACUGCAACAAUAGAGAGCAUCCUCAACCUCCUUCAGGAAACAGCUCUAAAUCAUGUAUGGAUGUCCGGACUUCUUGGCAAUGGAUUUGGCGCCACACAUGGGAUGAUGAGAAACAAUCUCAUAUGGGUAGUGUCCAGAAUGCAAGUUCAAGUGGAUCAUUAUCCAAUCUGGGGUGAAGUACUGGAAAUCGACACAUGGGUUGGAGCAUCAGGGAAGAAUGGCAUGAGGCGAGACUGGCUGAUUCGGAGUCAUGCCACAGGCCAUGUUUUCGCGCGUGCAACCAGUACCUGGGUGAUGAUGAACCAGCAAACUAGGCGACUUUCGAAAAUGCCAGAAGAGGUGAGAGCUGAAAUUUUGCCUUGGUUCAUAGACAAGCAAGCAAUCAAAGAAGAUGCCCCUGAAAAGAUUGAAAAGUUGGAUGAAAAAGCGAAAUUCGUGAACUCUGAUUUGAAGCCGAAGAGGGGUGAUUUGGACAUGAACCACCAUGUAAACAAUGUGAAGUAUGUAGGAUGGAUGCUCGAGACCAUCCCUGACCAGUUUUUGGAGGAUCAUCAACUGUCAAAUAUUGUACUAGAAUAUAGAAGAGAAUGUGGAAGCUCAGAUAUAGUUCAAUCCCUCUGUGAGCCACAUCAUGAUGGAAUUCUUAAAGAUGGAGCCCAACUGCAAAACAAAAACAUCAGUCUACUCAAUGGAUUUUCAGUGGCACCAGGAAUUCUGGAGGGCAAUGGACUUAAGGGGUCCUUCGACGUAGGGACAUUUAAGUACACACAUCUCCUCCAAACUAAAGGGGAGCACAAAUAUGAGGAGAUCGUUAGAGGAAGGACGACAUGGAAGAGAAAGAUCUCCACCAGGCCAUUUGAUACCUAG